AUGAAGAUCACUUUUGCUUCUGCUUUGCUCCUCUUGGCAUUCACUUCAAUCUCCCACGCCGCUCCAGUCGGUAAUGGCGCCGCAAUUGGUGCUUCCGCUAGCGCACCCGGUAGUAACGCAAAUGAUGUUGCCAGUGGAGUUCCUGUCGAUCAAGUAACAGGUACUGCCAAUCAAAUAACAGAUAAUACUGGUAAUAAUAAAGCAACAGAUACUGGUAAUAAAGUAGCAGAGACUGGUGAUAAAGUAACAGCAGGUGCUAAAGGUAUUACUGGUGAUGAAGGAACUGCUGUAAGCGUUAAAGCUGCUGGCGUAAAAUUAUCGGUUGAGCAUCGCUCAUUGAAGGAAGUAGAAACUACUGUCGAUGGAGCUACAAGUUCACUCGGAAUUGCUGUUAAUUCAGGAUCCGGUAGUAAAGGAAAUGAUCUUACCAAGAGAGUAACAAACACUAAAUCAACAGAUACUGUUGGUAAAGUAAAAGGAUGUAAGAGAUUCAUCGAUUCUGAUAGUCUCAUAUUCAUUAUCUGGAAGGGUAGUCACACUAAAACAGGCGCUUACACAAAACCUGUAUUAAAAAAGACAUUGGGAGUUUUCAUUACAGAAAAUAAUGAUAGUGAAAGAAACUUCGUCAAGGGCUCUUGCCGGAAACGACUAUAUGACUCGUCAAAGAAAAUGUUGUUUGUUCAACCUCCAGUGAAAACACCCAUUACUAUUAAAAAAGAGGAAAAGGAAUAA